UGGGUGCGCAACUUCAGUAUUUGCAGUGCUGUCCGACUCUACGUUGCUAUCAGUUGCUAUACGUUCAGGCGUGUUAGCGAAGCUUUCGUAAGCCAGAGGAAGCCGAUUCCAUAUAAAAAUGGCGAUGGCAGCAACUCAAGUAAAAGGCAGCGGUUGGCCGAGAAGGGCAAGUAACAGUUCAUUCGAAGGAAAAGUGGUACAGAACCAAUCUGUUACUAUCAACAGGACAGUUAAUCUAUAUCCUUUGACAAACUAUACAUUCGGAACGAAAGAGCCGCUGUUCGAGAAAGACCCAUCAGUGCCAGCGAGGUUUCAACGAAUGAGGGAUGAAUUCGACAAAAUUGGAAUGCGACGCAGUGUGGAAGGUGUCCUCCUUGUGCACGAACAUGGCUUGCCCCACGUACUCCUACUGCAGCUUGGAACCACCUUUUUCAAACUACCUGGAGGAGAAUUGAACGCCGGAGAAGACGAGGUAGAGGGCCUAAAACGGCUCCUUACUGAGACACUGGGACGACAGGACGGAGUGAAACAGGAAUGGGUUAUUGAAGACACAAUUGGCAACUGGUGGCGUCCUAAUUUUGAACCACCACAAUAUCCCUAUGUACCGCCACACAUCACAAAACCAAAAGAACACAAACGACUGUUUCUCGUGCAAUUGCAAGAAAAGGCCCUUUUUGCAGUACCCAAAAACUACAAACUGGUAGCAGCACCUCUUUUUGAACUGUAUGACAAUUCCCAAGGCUACGGACCCAUCAUUUCAUCAUUACCACAAUCACUCUGCAGAUUCAAUUUCAUCUACAUGUGAAGAAGACAAACUGACGAAAGCAAAUAACGGUGAAUUUUAUUUAAGUUGAUCGAAUCAAUUAUCAAAUAACUAUUGAUGUAUGUAUGAGAUGAUGGAUGUGACUUCGGAAGGCCUUGGUUCUCUGUAUUAUAAGACGUGCAUUACACACAUUAAACCAUUUUUCUAAGUAG